UCAGUUCCUUCCUACUCGUCCCCCUUUCCCCUCUGAUCUCCCUUGGCAAACCUGUCAGACCACUAAGGGAGCGUCUCGUGCAGCGCUUGUCCGUUAGGGUUGCAUCUGGUGGAUUCCUAAACGACGCUUAGCUUGGUUGCGCGAAGGAGCCAGCCAUGGCGACUUUCGCCAAGCCGGAGAAUGCGCUGAAGCGCGCUGAAGAGUUGAUGAACGUGGGGCAGAAGGCGGCGGCCCUGCAGUCCCUGCACGACCUGAUCACGUCGAAGCGGUACCGCACAUGGCAGAAGCCGCUGGAGCGCAUCAUGCUCAAAUACGUGGAGCUGUGCGUCGACAUGCGCAAGGGCCGCUUCGCCAAGGACGGGCUUAUCCAGUACCGCAUCGCCUGCCAGCAGGUGAACGUGCAAUCGCUGGAGGAGGUGGUGAAGUAUUUCCUCAAGCUUGCCACAGAGAAGGCGGAGCAGGCGCAGGCGCAGGUGGAGGCGGCGGCGGCGGAAGCCGCCCUGGGGGAGGUGGCGGACCUGGACGCGGAGAAGAGCCCCGAGGACCUGAUGCUGGGGUUCGUGAGCGGCGAGAAGGGCAAGGAGCGCACGGACAGCGAGCUCGUCACGCCGUGGUUCAAGUUUCUUUGGGAGGCGUACAGAACGGUGCUGGACGUGCUGCGGAACAACUGCAAGAUGGAGGCGCUCUACGCGAUGACGGCGCACCGGGCGUUCGGCUUCUGCCAGCAGUACAAGCGCACGAACGAGUUCCGCCGCCUCUGCGAGAUCCUCCGCAACCACCUGGUGAACCUCAACAAGUACCGCGACCAGCGCGACCGCCCCGACCUCGCCCUGCCCGAGACCCUCCAGCUCUAUCUCGACACCCGCUUCGAGCAGCUCAAAGUCGCCACCGAGUUGGGCCUUUGGCAGGAGGCGUUUCGCUCGGUGGAGGAUAUACACGGGCUGAUGCUGCUGUCGAAAAAGGCGCCCAAGCCCCAGCUCAUGGCGGUUUACUACGCUCGCCUCACGCGGAUUUUCGCCAUGGCGGCUGUGGAGACGGAUUCGGAUGGCAUUGGGAGCAGCGGCGGGGGGUCGAGCGGCAGCGCCCGUUUGUAUCACGCGUACGCGUGGUAUAAGCUGUACCUGUUGCAGAGGAGCUAUAAUAAGAACCUUAAGGAUAAGGACCUGCAGCUGCUGGCUUCCGCCGUGGUGCUGUCCGCGCUGGCGGUGCCCCCGUAUGAGCGGUACGCGGGGGGCGCGGGCGCGGGGAAGGGGGGCGCGGAGGGGGAGCUGGCGCGCGAGAAGGCGGUGCGGAUGGCGAACCUGCUGGGCGUGGUGGUGGACCCCAAGAAGGACCCGCGCCAGAUGCUCUCCCGCUCAGCUCUGCUGCAGGAGAUCUCCACCAAGGGCGUGCUGGCGUUUGUGCUGCCCCAAGUGCGCGAGCUGCACCACCUGGUGGAGGUCGACUUUCUGCCGCUCGACCUCGCCUCGCGCGUGCACCCGCUGCUGCAGCGCCUGCCCGAGCUCAGCGACGUGAAGCUGUCUGCCGCGAGCCCCGUGCCCAAGGUCGAGCUGCAGGCUUACACCCCUGCGCUGCAACGCCUGGCCACUCUGCGCGUGCUGCAGCAGGCGUCCCAAGUGUACGAGGUGAUGACCAUCCCGUCUCUCUGCCGCAUGGUGCCUUUCGGCGACCUCGUCUUUGUGGAGCGCGUGCUGGCGGAAGCUGUGGGCGAGGGCUUUGUGCACGUCCGCCUCGACUUCUGCGAGGGGACCGUCAAGUUCGGCGCGGAUGAGCUCGAGUCCGACCGCGUCCGCAGCCACCUGGCCACCAUGGCGCGCCACCUCGACCGGGCUGUAGCCCUCAUCCGCCUCAAGGCGCCUGCGCCCGCGCCGGAAGCUGCCGAGCAGCUUCCCCCAGCGGAGGAGAUCCAGGCUGCAGUGGAGAAGGAGCACCGGCGGCUGAUUGCACGCAAGACGCUCAUUGAGAGGCGCAAGGAGGAGGCGGAGCGGGAGGUCAUUGAGAAGGAGCGGGAGGAGCAGACGGCGAAGCUGAAGCAGCAGCGGCUGACAGAGGAGGCCGAGGCCAAGAGGCUGGCUGCAGAGUCGGCCAGGAGGGAGGAGGAACGCAUUCGACGGGAGAUCGAGGCGAAGGAGCUGGAGGAGGCGAGGCAGCUGCUGCUGGAGUCGGAGAAGAGGAAGGGCAAGAAGGGCAAGAAGAACCUCGAGGACACUAUGCGGCUGGACAAGCGGCAGCUGAUGGAGGAGGCGCUUUCCGAGCAGCUCAAGGAGAAGCAGGAGGCGGAGAGGCGCCUGCAGAAGCUGGUGCGCACUCUGGAUCACCUGGAGCGGGCGCGCAGGGAGGAGGAGAAGCCUCUGCUGGAGGCGGCGUACCAGCAGCGGCUGGUGGAGGAGAGGGCGUGGUUCGAGCAGCAGCAGGCAGAGGCGGCGGAGCAGAGCAAGAAGCAGCACGAGCAGGACCUUGCUGAGAAGAUCCGCCUGUCGCGCAUGCUGGGAGACAAGGAGGAGUUCCAGGAGCAGGAGGAGUUCCAGGAGCAGGUGGUCGGUCGCCGGCGCGGCGAGUUCGAGAGGCUUAAGAGGGAGAGGGAGGAGAAGGUGGCGGAGCUGCGUGAGCUGCGGCGCACGGAGCGGGUGAUGCUGCGGAAGAGGGAGAUGUUCCGCCGGCAGGAAGAGGCCAAGGCGCUCAAGGCGUGGGAGGAGACCGAGCGGCGCAAGAGGGAAGAGCUGGAGCGCAAGCGCAAGGAGGAGGAGGAGCGACUCAAGAAGCUCGAAGAAAUGGCAGCGAAGCAGCGGCAGAGGGAGGAGGAGGCAGAGGAGAAGGCCCGCAAGGCGCGCGAGGAGGUCCUAGCUGCUGCUACCGAGCGCAAAACCUCCGCCUUCGUCCCGCCGGCCCUCCGCGCCCGAGGUGGAGGUUCGGCAGCCGCCGGACCUGCCGGCGAGGCUCCUCCUUCCGGACGUGGAGGUGCGGAUGAGGAUCGGUGGUCUCGGGACAGGGCUCCUGCCCCUGCUGCUGCUGCUUCUGGUGGUGCUAGUGCUGCGACUGCCUCUGCCGCGCCUGGGAAAUAUGUUCCCCCUGUUCGGGGUGGUGCUGGUGGUGCUGGGGGUGGGGCAGGAGGGGCAGGAGAAGGGGUUAGGUGGGGCGGGGAUCGCGAGCGGGAGGAGCGUGGGCGGGAGGAGCGUGGGCGCGAGGGGGGGUACAGCGGUGCGUUUGGAGGAAGGUCGGCAGGAAGGUAUGAGCCUCCGGCUCGAGGCUCAACUGCUGGUGCUGGUGAAAGGGAAAGGCCAAGUGCCCCGGCAGCAGCAGCACCAGCAGCAGCACCAGCAGCAGCACCAGCAGCGGCUGAUGCAUCGGGUGGUGGUGCACCGAAGAAGUGGGUGCCGCCGCACCAGAGGAACCGUGGGUGAAGUUGCUGAACUGAGAUUGAGAGGGGGAAGGUUGGAGGUGUCUCAAAACCAGGCAAAGAAGAGGCAAUGCAAGUGCGUGGAGUGUUUCUGGAUGAAUGCUUUGGACAUAGCGCUGGACUGCCUGGCCUCCUGAUUCCGAAAAUGGGGAGGGAGUGGCCAUGCGUGAGGAGUCUGUUUUGAGGCGCCUCAAAAAUUGAUUCCGAACAUGGGGAGAGAGUAGCCAGCCAGCCAUGCUCAGGGUGUUUCCGUCCCUUUUCCCGAAUUCCAGCCCUUAACAGGAAGUUGCCUCUUUCAUCCAGGUCUUUGCAGUGUUCUGCUGAGUUCAGCAGGUUUUUGCUCAAUAUGUGCUGUGUGCUCUUGGGUGGACUUUUGGCUGAACAGCAUGUGGACUGUUUGCCUGUGUGUUGUUAGUGUUAACUGUUGGGCAAAAAAAAAGGCUGAAAUCUGUA